CAUCCGGUGCGGCGCGAGGCUGUUCCCGCCUUUUUCCAGUCUCCACAGACCGCUGGUCGUGAUUCUCUGAUGCAGGUUGGACUAGGGGCCGGCAGCUUUGACCAUGUGGACUGCUGAUGAGAUUGCCCAUCUGUGUUACACCCAUUACAGCUCUAAACUGCCUAAGCAGGGAAAGCCUGAGCCAAAGCGUGAAUGGACCUUACUGGCAGCUGUGAUUAAGGUGAACUCUGCAGCAGAGAGUGCUUGCUGCCCCAGGGACGAGCCCUUCCCAGCAAUUAAGGAAGUCGUGGCAAUGGGAACAGGAACAAAAUGCAUCGGCCAGUCCAAAAUGAGGAAAGAUGGAGACAUUCUCAAUGACAGUCACGCGGAGGUCAUAGCCAAGAGGAGCUUUCAGAGGUACCUUCUCCAUCAGCUCAAAGCAGCCACCCUGCGUCAGGACAGCAUCUUCAUCCCAGGGACCAAGGUGGGGAAGUGGAAACUCAAACCAGACCUGUCUUUUGUGUUUUUCUCCAGCCAUACCCCAUGUGGAGAUGCCUCCAUCAUCCCUAUGCUGGAAGUUGAGGACCAGCCCUGCCCGCUGGUCACCGGUGAAGAGGCCGUCAGCCGGCCAGCGGAGAUGAGCAGAAGCCCUGAAAGACUGGGAAACAAAAGGAAGCAAGAAGACUCCCCCAACCAUUCCGUUACCAAAAGGUCGCGAACUGAGCCUUCGGACUCUCCCAAUGGCUCCACCCCGCAGCAGGAGACUGAGAAACGGGAAAGUUUCCACGGUCCUCCCAGCCCCGGCCGCUCUGCCGCUGCUGUAAACGGACCGAGCCGGGAAGAAGCGCCUGCGAAGGCGGGCCCGGCCGGAACCAAAGCGGUGGAUGUGCACAGGACCGGAGCCAAGUGUGUGCCAGGAGAAGCGGGAGACCCUCGGAGCCCCGGGGUCGGGUACCACCGGGUGGGAUUGCUCCGCGUGAAGCCUGGCCGGGGGGACAGGACCUGCUCCAUGUCCUGCAGCGACAAGCUAGCUCGCUGGAACGUGCUCGGGUGUCAGGGAGCCCUCCUCAUGCACCUCCUGCAGGAGCCCCUGUACCUGGCCGCGGUGGUCAUAGGCAAGUGCCCUUUCAGUCCCGAAGCUGUGCGGAGGGCGGUGAUAGACAGGUGUCGGCAUGUCUCGCUUUUGCCAGAUGGUUUCCGGGUGCGAGAACCGCAAAUCCUGCAGUCUAAUCUGUUGUUCGAACACAGCCGCUCUGCGGUCCGGGCCAAAGGGACAGACGGCACAGGGAAGCUCAUUCCCUGUGGGGCGGGCCCACAGUGCCGUUCUGUCUCUUCACAGCUAUCAGCUGGAGUGCGGUUCCUGAGCAGCCUCUGGACGUCACCUCUAAUGGUUUCAGGCAAGGAGCGACGAAAAAAGCAAUUGGAAGUCUACAGGCCAGAUCCAAAAUCUGCAAGGCAGAACUCUUUGGCACAUUUCAAAAGCUGGUGGACAGCAUAUCAGAGGACAAGCAGCCAGCAUCCCUCAGGGCAAAGAAGCUGGAGACGUACUGGGACUAUAAGGAAGCUGCUGUCUAUUAUCAAGAAACCUGGAAGGCACUGCAGAGGCAGGCGUUCGGUUGCUGGAUCAAAAAUCCACCAGAGUAUCAACAGUUUAAAUAACGAGGUUUGGAGAAACCUUUCCGGAACGAGCAUGUACUGAUCGUGACCCUCUUCUGGACCGUGGGCCGGUUCUGACUUUUCCAGCGGCUCAAUCAGGCCUUCAACCGGAACGACUUGCAAGUAUAAAUAUGGUAUUUAUAAAGCGCCUAUUAGGAGUCGAUACAAGAUCAUUCGGGCGUGGUCUCUGUUUCACACAGGGCGUACUAUCUAAGAGGAAGGGCAGGUGUCUCAUCCCCAUUUUACAGAUGAGAAAACCGCGGCACAGGUUAAAACCAUCCUUGUCUGCUCCCUUCUCCCCCUUCCGCAACACGUCCUUUCCAGAGCUAGCCCGAAGCAGAGCAUCACUGCAGCAAUGAGUCAUCAGCUCACAGGUUCAACUAGGCACACGUUACCUGUCAGUAAAUUUGAGAACUUACUGCGUAAAAAGCACUGUACUAAGCCCUUGGG